AUGGCACAAAGCAAAAAAUAUGGAGUUGCUGCAGAAAUCGAGAAGCUGUUGGAAGCAGGCUUUAUACGACCGGUACAGUAUCAACGAUGGAUGUCCAAUGUCGUCCCGGUUCCAAAGAAGAAUGGUAAAAUUUGUGUCUGUAUCGAUUUUACCGAUUUGAAUAAAGCAUGUCCGAGUGAUCCGUACCCAUUUUCGCGGAUCAGGGAUUUGGUGGAUGCAACCUCAGGGUACGAAAGACUUCCAUUCAUGGACGGUUUUUCGGGGUAUAACCAAAUACCUUUUUUCGAGGGAGAUCAAGAGCAUACUGCCUUUGUGAUUGACAGAGGAUUUUACUGCUAUACUGUAAUGCCGUUCGGGCUAAAGAACACAGGGGCGACCUACCGACAUUUGGUAGAUCAUAUGUGCAAAGAUCUGAUUGGGAAGACGAUGGAAGUAUAUAUCGACGAUAUGGUAGUGAAAUCUAAGCAAAAAGAGUCUCACUUUCUCGAUCUACAGAAGACGUUCGAUAUCUUGAGGAGAUACCAGAACGAUGUAAGCGCAGUGUUGUUUGUUACUGAUCCACAUGAAAAGCCUGUUUACUUCGUCAGCAAAUCUUUGACGGGGGCGGAAACACGGUACAAAAAAAUUGAAAAGAUAGCACUUGCACUGUUGCAUGCAUCUCGUCGCAAACCAUAUUUCCAAGGGAGACAGAUCGUAGUCUACUCUGAAUAUCUGCUGAAGAGAAUCCUGGAACGUGCUGAUGAUUCCAACCGACUAGCCAUAUGGUCGAAUUUUCUGGGGGCGUAUGAAAUAAAGUACGAAACCAGAACUGCAGAGAAGGGACACGCUCUGGCUACACUGUUAGCAGAUUUCCCUGUGGACGACAUAGAAACAGUUACCGAAGAAGAAGAGUUGUUGAACAAACCCAUAGAGUCAACCAUUAAUCAGACUGGGGGUGAGUCCGCAAUGGAGAUUGAUGUACCAGAGCCACUAUGGACUGUGUUUACUGAUGGGUCAUCAAAUAUUGGUGAAGCCGGGGUUGGAUGUGUCAUCCUUACUCCCGAAGGUUCGUGUAUCGAGAAAGCGACUAGAUUAGGAUUUCGAGAAUCAAACAAUGAAGCUGAAUAUGAAGCAACAAUUAUCGGUUUAAAAGCUAUCAAAUAG